CAAACCACUCUUCUUGGCUUCUCCUUGCUGGUGAACUGAGCUUACUUCCAGCCAGAAAGAUGUCUUCCUACAUGCAGGCCUGCAACUAUGGCAGCUACUCACCCUGCGACGUAAGCUGCCCUGCGCCAUACGCCAAUGCCUGGAGUCAGCCCUGUGUCACCUCCUGCGGGGACUCCCGUGCCGUGGUCUACCCACCGCCUGUGGCUAUCGUCUUCCCGGGCCCCAUCCUCAGCUCCUGCCCUCAGGAGAGCUUCGUGGGCACCUCAGCCCCACUGGAGAUAGGCAGCUCCUUUGGCUAUGGGAGCUCCUUGGAUGCCCAGAGCUCCUUCGGGUCUGGUGCCUACCUGGGUGGCAGGUACUCCUACCCCUGCUAUUCCCGCAAGUACCCGACUUACCGUCGUGGGAGCUGCGGGCCCUGCUAAGCCCCACAGGGAUUCCCUGGGGAGCCGGACCCAGCAAGGACUAGAGUAAAGCCUCAGUCCACAAGUGAGGAGAGGGACAUGGCUUUCAGAGGGGUAUCAUAUCAGGCUGCAGCGGGGUGCUCAAGAGCUGGGCGCACGCAGCCAUCCUGAGAAACAAGCCCAGACACUGUAUUUCCCUUCCUGUUGGAUUAGGUAUCUGCUAACAAGAUCCCAACUCUUUGUUUGAGGGGCUGUUUCCUUCAGAAAUAUAGAAAAUGCCUUAGUUUAAAUUCAAGUGGUUUAUAGAAGACUAAACAUCAGUGCAAAUUAGAUCCUGUAUAUUCUGGCCUCUGAUAUGGACUGAUGUUUCAUGGCUUUUGAGGUAUAGUGGAAAAACUUCCCAAAGCUCCAGUUUGAUUGUAAUGUACUGCAAAUGUACUCUGUACUCUCUGGAUUGCUAUGAAGUCCUUGUCCUGUUUCAAUUAAAGCUUAUAUUGCAU